AAGACGUAAAAGCUUCCAACAAGACAAUCAUCGAAGAAGAAUUACAAAUUCAUCAUGUCAAACUGGAAGAAGAUAUUACUCAUUCUUUCCUCCUGCUUGUUUAUUGCUGUCUUUGCUAAUGAAUCCUACGAAAAAUUGUUUAAAGCUUAUUGCGAUCACGAUAAUAUUGAAGAAGCUACAAAAUGCGUUGAAGAUCAAAUUGAUGAAGAGUUCGUGAAGAUGGGUAAAGAAUGUAUUGUUCAAGUCAAUCCUAAUAUCGACGUCACAGAUAUUAAACAGAAACGGGAUUAUUUUUGUGACGAAGCUAAAAAGGAGGAUCUUCAUACUUAUUACGAAUGUUUGGAUGAGAAUUAUCACAAAGAGGAUGAACUGGAAAAGGUUAUCGAAGCUUGGAAAGAAUGUUUGGGAAUCGAAGAAAAAAAAUAAUACAAGAACCGAGUAUACAGUAUAUAAGCAGAACAACAUUUAAAGUUGUAAAAGUAUAAUUUUAGUUCGAUUAAUUAUGGAAAAAUCUU